CAAACUAUUGCCAAUAUGUUACAACGUGUUGCUCCUCACAAAGGGAUCAAAAAAACUAAUAUUUGCCGUGCAAUUACAGAGUGGCUUAUUGUUGAUAAUCAUUCACUUGACACCAUCAAUGGAGAAGAAUUUCACCGGUACAUGCUGCAAAUUGAUCCUGCUUUCCGCCAGUCUUCUUAUAAAGCACUAAAAAAAGAGAUAUCAUUUGAAAAUACAAACGCAAGAAAUCAAAUACAUGAGCUUUUGGAAAAAAGCAGUGAAAUGGUUUCUUUAAUUACGGAUCUUUGGACUACAAGAAAUGGAACUGAAUAUAUUGGGAUCACAGCACAUUGA